CGCAUGGAAUCACAUUUAGAAUUCAAAUCAGCGUGAAAGAACUACUGGAUACAGAUGUACUUUUAAAGCUGUUAUUUCAUUUACCAGUCAAUUAUCCAUCAACUCUACCAGAUAUUUCUGUUAACUCAGACCAGCUUACAAGGGCCCAGUGUAUGGACGUGAAAGAUAAAUUACUUGAACAAGCAAAGCAGCAUAUUUCUGAACCCAUGGUGCACGAUCUGAUUCUUUGGAUACAGCAGCAUCUGAAAUGUGUCAUUAAGCAAUCAGCAACAGUUUGCAAUGAAAAUACUUUUUCAAAAGGAUCAAGUAGAGAGGAUGGUAUCUGGAUGCUCCUUUUGCAUUUAGAUCAUAUGAGAGCGAAGGCAAAAUAUGUUAAAACUGUGGAAAAAUGGACUUCAGAUCUAAGGCUGACUGGAAGACUGAUGUUCAUGGGCAAGAUAAUAUUGAUUCUUCUUCAGGGUGACAGGAACAACAUUAAGGAGUACUUGAUUCUUCAAAAAACUUCUAAGGUAGAUGUGAACUCAAGUGGAAAGAAAUGCAAAGAGAAAAUGAUUAGUGUACUGUGUGAGACAAAAGUACAGUCACAGCAUAAAAGGUUUGAGAUGUUUGAAGUCAAACAGUAUUCAACGCUGGAUGAGCUACAAGAGGAAUUUGAAACUGCAGGACUUACAGCUCUUUUCUCCGAGUUUGUGCCUCCUCUCCUAAAAUAAAAUUCAAAGAAAAUACUGGAGUAGUUAAUAACUAGAAAACAAGUAGAAAAUAAAGGAGUAGUUGACUGCAGAUGCUGAUGGAAGAUAAAAUGACUAAUUUGGCAAACAACGUU